UCCUGUAGUGCGUCACGCCCCUCUCAUGGACAAAAUGGACGAAACAUUCCGCGUUUGUUUGUUUGAGUGCACUACACUUUGAUAAUCAUUAAUACAUUUGCUAACAUAAAUCAGAGCGUGCAUGUAAACGCAGACAUUACGCUGUGCGGAGUGAGCUUGCGUUGAAGGAUGGACGUGGAAGGCUCCGGCGCUACGGCGACAGCCAAGACCUGGGGCUUCCGCCGGAGCACCAUCGCUAGGCGGGAGUUCAUAGAAGCUGUUGGCUCUGCGGACAGCAGCCCUCCGGUCCAGCGCCGCCGAGGUCGCCCGCCCAGGGGUCGAGGCAGGGGUCGUGGCCGAGGCAAACGGGCUGACGAGAGCCCUGUGAUCUCCGUAGCCUCUAGACGAGGUCGAGGUCGAGGGGGUCGAGGACACGCGCCGGUGCCUGCGCUCGCACCCGCAGAUGAUAAGCCGAGCAGCGAAAUCGAAGCUCGGGCGGACGCAGAAAGGGGUUGCCGUGUCGCCGCGGAGCUGAAAUCGGGCGAGGAAAGCGUCAGCGAAGGAGUCGCGUCGGAUCGAGCCGAAGACAGCGACGAUCUCAAUCUCCAAGAGAUUCGUAAGCGGGCUGUGGCUCGACGGCUACAAGAACUCAAGCAUGAAGAUAACGGUGGUGCGAAAGGUACAGAAGAUAUCGACAUAGGGAUGAGAUUACUGAUGAAACAGGAAGUGAACGUGUUCGAUGAAACGGAUGUCACAUCAAAAGGAGGAAUGGCGUGUUCUUCUACAGCCAGAGGGGCAGGUGGGAAUUCUGUUGCUGCAGCAGGAGCUCACAAAACUGCUGGAGGUAGAAGAGCUAAAAGAGCAAGGAAAGACUAUGAGUUUGGAGAGGACGAGCAUCAGGAUGAAGAACAGGAGGAAUUCUCUGAAAAUAGCGAGGAAGACACGAAUCAUGAUGCUGUCUGUUGCACAUGUCAACAAGGACACGGUAACAGGUUGAUGAUCUGCUGUGAGUCCUGCCAAAGGAGGCAUCACGUCGACUGUGUGGGCAUCACAGAGGCUUGUGCUCAUCUCCUGCAGAGGAACCGAGAAUACGUUUGUCCCUCAUGCUCUGAUGACUGGGAUGUCACGGGCAAGACCACGACGACGAACGGUCUUGAUGAAAACCAUGAAAUCGACUCAACUCAUGUGGUGGGGAUUGAGCAGCCAGUGGAGGAAGAGAUGGAGACGGAGAAGGCAGCUUUACCUAAAUGCAUCGGUCCAGGCUGCAGUAAUGACUCUCUGCCGGAGUCGGUGUACUGCGGUCACCAGUGUAUUGUCCGGCACGCGGCGGUAGCCAUGAAGUCUCUCUCUGAACCCAAAAUUGAGAUGAAAUCUGCUGCUCCACCCGCUGAACCGUCUCUCAAGGGCGAGAAACGAUCAUUUCUUGCAAAGCUUUUCAAGGUGAAGAUCAGUAAGACGCCUGCACCGGAAGAGCACGUGAGCAAGCAAGAAGUGGACGAAGAGUCAUUGUGUUCAGCGACAGUUGUCGAGCCUGUACAGUUUGCCAUAUCAUCAACUCCUGCUCCAGAUUACAGACGCACCGUUAAGGACAAAGAUGAAGUUGAGUGCAAUACCAGCACACCACAGAGCCAGCCUUCAGAUUUGACCCCAGACAUUCCCUCUACUGAAAAAACUCCUGCAGCCCCACCAAUUAAGAAAUCCACUCCAGGAAGAGCAAAGAAAACCAUGCCAGGCUCUCCACGACUGGAGCUUCUGAAAGGGGCUCUCAGUAAAAGCCCUUUACCUUGCUCUAAAAAGCCCUCUGAAUCCAAGGCACCUGUCGAGUCCAGCAAACCCCCAGAAGCUCUUACCAGCAGACCCGCCGCGGAUGAGCCCUCCCCUCGCGUCAGUCCUCUCCUGAUACGACAAAACAUUCGCCGCUCACUAAGUAAAAUUCUGUUUAGAAGGUUCAAUCAGAGGGAUGAUUUAAACAUUUGUGAGAGUGAAGUUGAAAAGUUGGCUGUGGACAUGGAGAAAGAAAUGUUCAAUAUGUGUUACACAACAGAUGAGGAGUAUAAGAACAAAUACCAUUACCUCGUCCUCACCUUGAAAGAUCCCAAAAACAAGGAAGUGUGUCAUCAGGUUUUGAAGGGAAACAUACCUUCAUUGAAGCUCAUUCAGUUGAGUCAGCAGGACACAAUGUUUGUUGAGGAAUCCGCUGCUGAACCUCUGAUUCAGAUGUCUUUGAAGAAGGAAUCGUCCCAUUUUUCUGAGGAUGCGGAAGAACCAGCUGCUACUCCUGAGAAAGUGAUACAAGCUACCAGUCCUUCAGAGGAGAAAUCAUCACUGAAGCAAACUCAGGAGAAGGAAACAAGGUUAGAUGCUCCAGAUGUGGUCAGCAGCAUGCUGAAAGAUACUACAGCAGAACAUAAACGCCAUCUCUUUGACCUUAAUUGCAGGAUAUGUACAGGCCAAUUAUCCACUGAUGGUGAUCCUGAAACCAAGAAACCCAAGAUGAAGGUGACAAAAGAUGAUACAGAAAAGGAGAAAUCUGCAUGGGUUGUUCACGUGAUCGAUGAAGCGUUGGAUUCACCUGCGCUGAACUCUGAUAUAAUUGAGUCUCCUGCUUCUCCUAGUGGGGAGGACUUAGACUCACAAACACCCUCAGCAGAUUUCUCUCCUGUGUUGAUACCUUCAGUUCCCACCGUGUCCAUCUCAAGAAGAGAUCCCCGUACAGCACAAUUUCGGCAGGCUCCGUCAUUAUGUGCUGGCCCAGAGUCUGUCUCAAACCCACACCAGCAUCCGCACCCAGUAAAGAAUGUAACAGAAUCUCUGAAAGAGACUCAUCCACCCCAUGUGUCCGUACAUUUGCCUGCUCCUAUGCCAAAAUCUAUCCUCAUGAAGCCUUCGCCAGCUGCGCUGGACACUUCGUAUGGCUCAACAGCAAGGCUGGCAGAUUGUGAUAAAGGAACAAAACAAUUUUUAUCUAAGCAGAACAUUUUAUGGAAAGGGUUUCUUAACAUGCCAACGGUGGCCAAAUUCGUCACAAAGGGAUACUUAAUUUCUGGCUCUCCUGAAUUUCUAAAAGAGGAUUUACCAGACACUAUACACGUUGGAGGUAGGAUAUUACCUCAAACUGUGUGGGAAUAUGUUGAUUUGAUAAAGACGUCAGAGGCAAAGGAGCUGUCAUUAAUCCGGUUCCAUCCAGCAUCUGAUGAAGAAGAGGUUGCAUAUGUCUCUCUGUUUUCAUAUUUCAACAGUCGUCGGAGAUUUGGGGUUGUUUCUAAUAUUUGUAAACACAUCAAAGAUCUUUACCUCAUUCCGCUGUGUUCAAAACAGUCCAUCCCUGCGGUGCUUCUUCCCAUGGAGGGACCAGGGCUUGAAGACGAUCACCCUAACCUCCUAAUAGGGUUAGCAGUCUGUCAAAAAACGAAGCGUCUCGAUGGAUUGCCACAAGAUGUUGCUGAAAAGAAUUCUAGGACCUUGACUUGUUCGGACGGCAAGGAAACCAGCGAUCCUACCUCACUAAAUGAUCUUGGACAACAUAACAUUAAGACUUGUGAUGCUGAUAUCCUCCUCGACCCAAAUCCUUCUGCAUCUUUACCUCUAGUUGGGUUACCAGACCCAUCAUGCUCUGCCAGCUCUCUACGUGCCCCAUCUUCUCUCCCUAGCACGUCAAAACCCACCCCGUCUGUCAGUGCGGGCCCAUCCAAAGACUCCUCCAAUGCCACCCCACUUCAGACCAUCCUUAACACAUUAUUUGGGCAAAAGAAACAGCCCUCAGAUAACACAGAGUCUAAGAUAAGCUCAUUAACAGAUACGGUUCAGAUUUGUCAGCAGACUUGCAAAGAUGACGACGCAAUGAUAUUAGACGAUGAUAGGCCUUACGAUCCCGAGGAGUAUGAUCCGGCUCUUUGUAAUGGGGUCAUGGGUUCUUUCAGUCCAGCUGAAGUUUUGCAACCUAAACUUCCAUCUGCAGUUACUGAUGAUGACGAUGAUAGACCAUAUGACCCUGAGGAGGAGUACAGUGCAGUUGCCAGUGGUGAUACUGUCAGAAAUAAUACACCCAAAGUAUCACAGGCUAAAAACGCGGAAGAGACCUCUGCAGUUACCAGUGAUGUAGCUUACGAUCCGGAAGAUGAGACGAUGUUUGAGGAGAUGCAAAAUUACCUUGCAAGUAAUGCUGUACCUCACAAAUCCACCAUCUCUGAACAUAACACGUCACAUUACAAGGAUAAUAGCUCAAUUACAACAUUCUCUGAGCAACAAAAAAUUCUUGAAGAGUUGAAUAGGCAGAUAGAGGAACAGAAGAGGCAGUUAGAAGAGCAGACGGAAACUCUACGCCUACAGAAGGAAGCAAUUGGUGUUUCUAUGGCCCAUUUCUCUGUUUCUAAAGCUCUGAUGUCACCAACUCAGUUUGAUAGGGAUGAAGAGGAAACCUUCGAAGACAUACCCUAUUGUCCUGUCGUUCAUCAGAAUAGGGAUCCACGCAUGUGUCGAAAAACAAGCCAGGAUGUGCCGUUCGAUGAUGCUGAAUGUGAGGCCAUAGGUAAAGAAUGUGCACAAAAAAUAUUUAACACGCAGGCUGCUGAGGAUGUAGUCCUGAAGAAAUCAAUAGCCACCAAGAAAGAAGGAUCACCAGACACUGAAACUGCACAACCAGAGAACACUAAAAGCUCACACUCGGAGUAUACCUACAAAAAACGAGGCAGCAGAAGGUCCACGCUAAGCACAUAUAGGUCAUCAAGAAGGAGGUCGUGGCACGAGCACAGGUCAUACCACCAAGACGGGGCUUCUUCAAGAGCGUCGCGUUCAGUUAGAUCCUCAAAGGAAGUCUCAGACAAACACCAUAGAAGUAGACACUCUGCAGGGCAUCUCUCCAGGGGACGUUACAGUGACAAAAAAGGAGCGUCGCCGUCAAGGAAAAGGCAUCAUCACCAUCACAGAGACUCAUCUUCACCUCCACGGUAUAGGACGAGACGUCAUUAUUCCACCGAUUCACAUGCAAGCCGGAGAGACAAAUCAUCACAGGACGACAGUGACCAGUCACGCAAGACUGACCAGCAGGAACUUGGGCCGUUGUCAGAGCAUAACAUUAAACCUUCUCAAUGUGAAUCUGAGCAGGUGCCAGACAGCGAUAGUGUGCAACCUGCAUACGCAUCAGGAGCGAGUGUUAAAGUACAGGAUGAAGCCACUAAUGGCAAAGACAAACAUUUGGCAGAAGUUCAGCAUGGUGGUUCUUCAAAUACAAAGCACGAGGCUGAUCAAAACCAGGAAUUUCAGGUGUCUCAAAAUCCUGGGGAGGGGUGUUCACAGCCUCUGUUAAACAAGUCAUAUGACAAAAAUCUACCAUUUUCUGCCUUAUUUGAAAUUAGAGAGAAUUCGCUCCCAAACGUAACGGACUCCUCUAACCAAGGAGCACUACUGCCUACACCCUGUCUACACACUGGUAAUACUGCCUAUGGUGCUACUGACCUGCCUUCACACAGAGAUAUACCAGCAAUACAGCCAUCUGGAAUUCAGACGGAUGUUUUUCACCAUAAUUCCAGAAGCCCAUCCACCCAGCCACCACAUAACCAAACAGAUCAUUUUUCUGAGCCUGGCCAGAUUGAUCAAAAGAGAGAUGUGCCCUCGAAGCAAAGGCCAAUUUAUUCACGUAGCGAGGCAGACAAACUGCAUUCGGGAGAUUACCCUCAAAGAGCUUUCCGUUCACGGUAUAGGAAUUCAUCAGAACCUGACACCGAUCAGUUCUAUUCCAGGGAACUGCCUCAAAAUAAAAGAGGAAAAUUUAUGCAUGAUGCAGACAAGAAGCAAUCCUAUGUAUCUCACAAACAGGAAGGAUUCUCCACAGGCAAGUUCAUUCGCCAAAAACAUCCACAUGACACACUCAGACGGUUUCCGGCGGAAGUGACAGAUCAGGUUCAUCAAAGUCAGCCACCCAGGCCUGACCAGUCACAUGAAUGCAACUUUGAAGAAUCUGAAACCACUAGAUUAUGUCACAAAAAAUAUAGAUCUUCUAUGCAAGGGCAGAAUUUUCAUGAGGACGAAUCUGUCCAGUUUCAGCAAAGAGAGUUGCUUUUAGGGCCUGUCCCUGUGCACAAGGGCAAUUUUAGAUCUCCUAAUCCUAGAGAGUACCUUCACCCUUCCACUUUCGAUAAGUCCAAACCUUUGAGAGGCCAUCCGUCUGUAAUAAAACGGGCAAGUCCUAGAGAUGGCAGUUCUAGUACUUCUACGAACUUUGGACCUAGGGGCCAGUCCUCAGGUUUUGCAACAUACGAAGGCCUGACUAAAGAUCCUCAGCCCGGACCUUCUCAAACACUUGGAUCAAAGGACCCACCUCCAAGGCAAUGUUCUUUUCCGCAGGGUAUCGGUAGUCGCAGGGGUUCACGUCAGGUAAUGCAUGAUAGAACCCAUCUGCUGAAUUCAACUAAACAAAUGAGCAUUCCUAAUGUUGAAGGGCCAUCAGAGAGACAGAAUGAUGCCAGAGACCCACCGUAUCCACCGUCUGACCAUUUUCAUGAGGGACAGUCUGUUUUCAUACGUUUUCCAAAUAACCAGACUAAGGUUGCAAGUAGACAUGCUUCCCAGCAAGAUGUUUGUGAACUACAAAGCCCUGACUGCCAUCGAACAUUUGCAGAGGAUACAGAAACAUGUUUUUCAAGACAGGCUCCGACACACUCUCAGGACCCAAUGCAUGGCCAGCUUGAAGGACAACAAUUUACUGAAAUCAAGGGUCAACCAAGAGCGUUCAGAGGAUGCAGAAGGGGCACUGGGGGACCGUUUUAUACCAGGGAUCAUAAAAAUAAGGCACAAAUAAGGGGACCUUGCUUUGAUUCACCACAACAGUUUAUGGGCCAAAGAAAACCAUCUCCUGAUUUACAUGGACGGAGAAGACCUGCACCUCAAAAUUGUGAUAGUUUCAACGAUCAUAAUGAAACCCAUUCAUCUGAUUUUCCCAACUAUUCCACCCCCACUCCCACUCCCACUCAGUUUAAAAAACCACAGCAUCAGCAUUUGGGGCAGCCACCCGCAAAUGUGGAGUGCCAGCUCAGACAGGGUAACGUACGCCCUUUACGACUGUCAGGUCCACUACUUCCCACUCCACCCGGAGGUCCGAUCAGACAGACCCUCUCACGGCUACACAGACAGAACUCUCCCAAUGAAUGUCACAGGGACUACUUGACAUAAGACAAGGUCAUGUUGCAAAGGACGUUAGUGGUCGUUGCAUUCGUGAAGAGAAACCAAGCAUCGGUAGUGGCUUUAACCCUCAGCGAAGUGAUAACUCAAAAAGUGUAAUUCAGGAAGAACAAAGUGUUGAGCGUGAAAGUAGACACGAAGAACCAAGUGUUCAGGACAGUAGUUGGAGCAUGCGGACAGUCAAGAGGACGAAAUGGCAGAUAUUUUGAAACAAUCUACACAACAGAGAAGAAAAAUGAUGAAGAGUAGACUGAUUCAUUUAAAAUAUAUAUAUAUAUAUAUAUAUAUGUAUUGUUAACAUAGAGGAAAUGCAAGAACACUUGGCUGCAGACUAUAUACGAAUGAGAGGAGCGAUCUUGCAGUUUUUGGCUGCGUAGUCAAGAUUUAAACUAUGGGUUACUGUUAUGAGGUACUGUAAAAUUGUAGUCCUAGGCUUUAGUUUGCAAAAUGUUUAGAAUUACAGUGGAUGGGAUAAAGGAGCAAGACUGCCCCUCUGAAGUUUUCAAUGAAUAUUUGCAAGUUCAAGCAUUCUUCAGAAGCAUUGUUCUACGCCAGUACACUGUCUGUGUUCAUUGUCUGUUCUGGAAAGUGAAGCAAUGCAUGUCAGUAAAGCAGUUUCUGAUAAAUCUGUUUGAAUUUUCUUCAUCGCCCAAAGGUUUGUUCAUCCUGCCGUACCAACGUAAUUACUUUAAGUUGAUUAUGGAAAAAAUGUUUUGGUUUGUUUGUGGAAGUAGGACAUGGUCAUGUUAACUACUGACAAGUUUGUAAACAUUUUUCUCUUGCAAUGACAAAGUUCUCAUGAUCUAUAAAUAGCAGUGUACAUUUGUUCAUAGAAUUUUAUGUAAUUUUUUAAAUGUACAUUUGUAAGUAUUUCAGAAACUGAAAAAAUGGAAUCUUUUGCAAUGUCCACUGAUUUCAUUUAUUAAACUACUGAACCACCCAGCCUAA